UAAAAAACGCAUGGAAGCUAUUAAUUAUUUAAACAUUGACGAAUGAAUGCACGUCGUGGUCUUGUAACGUGUAUAUUAUCGGUAGCUUCGCUGUAGGUUCACGUUGCGGCGAAGCUAAUGGUGUCCGCGUUAGCUACAGGACAGCGCUGUGACGAGCUAGCUAGGCGGUGCCUCGCUCGGGUUGUUGGCGUUGUUUCAGUGCGGAAUUAGUCUCCACGCGCACGGACCUUUUGGUUGUAGAUAGGUUAGACUAAUGGUGGCUUUUAUGGCAUAAAGCUCAACCUGCAGCGUUCCUAAAGUGAGCAGAGGUUGUCUGUCGAAGCGAGGGUCGGACCGCGCUACAGACGACGUGCCUCGGCCUUCUUUUUUUCUUUUCUUCUUUUUUUAACUCCAUAUAAUUGUAUAUAUCUAACGUAGCCCGUAAUAAUAUUGUGCCCGCGCUCUGUAUCCAUUCGACAGACUCAUUUUACACGACGAUGCAUUUCUCGGACCGUGAAGCCAAAGAGCCCGAGCAGCUCAGAAAGCUGUUUAUUGGAGGUCUGAGCUUUGAAACCACCGAGGAGAGUUUACGGGCCCAUUUCGAACAAUGGGGAUCUCUCACCGACUGCGUUGUGAUGAGGGACCCCAACAGCAAGCGUUCAAGAGGGUUUGGCUUUGUGACAUAUGCCGCUGUGGAGGAAGUCGACGAAGCCAUGACAGCAAGGCCCCAUAAAGUGGAUGGCCGGGUUGUGGAACCCAAGAGGGCCGUGUCCCGAGAGGACUCUAACAAACCAGGCGCUCAUCUGACGGUGAAAAAGAUCUUUGUUGGUGGUAUCAAGGAGGACACUGAGGAGUACCACAUUCGGGAGCAUUUUGAGAAAUAUGGAAAGAUUGAAUGCAUUGACAUCAUGGAGGAGCGCUCCACUGGGAAGAAGAGAGGAUUCUGCUUUGUCUCCUUUGACGACCACGACACUGUAGACAAAAUUGUCGCCCAGAAAUUCCACACAAUCAACUUCCACAAUUGUGAGGUCAGAAAAGCACUCUCAAAACAGGAAAUGAGUGCUAUGUCCACUAACCGGGGCAGGAAUGAAGACUCAGGAAACUUCAUGGGGAGAGGAAAUAAUUUUGGAGGUGGUGGCAAUUUCGGUCGAGGUGACUAUGGUGGAGGACGAGGUGGUUAUGACGAUUUUGACAAUGGUCAAGGAAGAAAUUAUGGUGGAGGACAAGGUUAUGGAGGGAGCCGAGGGGGCUAUGGAGGUGGAGGUAGUAGUGGUGGUGGUGGUCCAGGGUAUGGCAACCAGGGUGGUGGAUUUGGCAGCAGCUGUGAUGGAGGUUACGGACACAAUGACGGAGGAUAUGGAGGAGGGGGAAAUUACAACGACGUUGGAAAUUAUGGUGGACAGCAGUCUAACUAUGGACCCAUGAAGGGGAACAACUUUGGUGGCAGAAACUCGGGUGGAGGGGGAAGUGGAAGUGGAGGCGCAGGAGGAGGAGGACCAUAUGGUGGCUAUAGCUCUGGUGGUGGCGGAGGAGGAGGUGGAGGAGGAGGAGGCAGCGGCAGCGGCAGCUACGGCUCACGGCGAUAUUAAUUAUUUCAUGUUUCGGCUUCAGUUCUUAGCAGGAGAGGCGAGGAGGUGAGCAAAGGAAAGGAAUUGUCAGGAAAAGCUGCAGUUUACUUUGAGGCAGUCAUCUGAGAGCAUUAGAGGAACACAAGUCAGUCAUUACUGCAGCUAAAUCUGAGAAGUUUAUGGAACAAGGACUGCAUACACAAGACAUGAGUUCAGAUGAUACUCCUCCCUAAUUGUGAUAGAUGUGUCCCUACCCAGCUAUUUUUCCUUCUGUGCGUCUGAAGUGUGUGUAUUGUGCCUUUGGUAUCGGGUAAAGAGUACAUUGUGUUUUUUGUUUUUUUAUCUGGAGUCAGUUCUUAAUAUCUUUUUUCCUUUUUUUUCUUUUUUAAAAUAUGGAUUAGUUUUCUACUGGUCAAUGAAUCUUUUGUCUUUUAACCUGGUUUUUUUCAUAGCAUAAAUCAGGCCUGCCGAUGAGCUAGAAUUACAAUUUUCUUUCUUUCUGAAGAUAUUAUGAUUGCUCAAUUGCAAGUGUCACGUGUAUGUUAAUUUUGUAUGUGAAGCACAGUAUGUAAAUCCUUCGUAGUACCAGUGUCAACUAAUAUCAGCAGUCUGGGUUAGAACCAAGGGAAUCCCUCACUCUUCCUGUUGCCAGAAAACAGAAUUCUAGAUUGUUCGAAUAUUUUGAUUAGAAGAAAAAGACUGAAUAAAAUUGUGUAGUAAAGUAACAUGAGGUUCAGUGCGUCAUUGGUUCAGAAAAAGAUCAAAUGAGUUAUUGAUUCAACUGUUGCCUGCAUAUUGUAACUGUGAAGUUCAGCAAAUCAGCCUGUCCAGAACGCUCUCCUCCUCUUUGGGAGGAUAGUGUAUAUACUGUAUUUACCUGUACAAGAGUCCAUGACAAGGGAGCUUUGGCUAGUCCUAGGGCGAUGGUCCAAACACCACCUAUGCCAGUGUUGAGAAAGUAUUAUAACAGCCACAAGGACCGGCAGUUGGGCCCUCAGCAUCGCUAGUGUGGAAGAUUGCAGAUGUCUGUCAGACAGGACGUCUUCAGCCCCAGCACAGUGGACCAGUCAGCAUUUUGAGAGAGAAAGGAGAAGGCAGCAUCGAGCACAACGCCCACGGAGGAAGCUUGCAGUGUCGUUCCUGGUAGUGAGCGUCUAUCUCUUUCAAGGCUAGCUAAAGACCUGCAGCAGCUGGUGCUGGCGAAGAAAGACUAGUUCCCGGACACAUUGGAGAUCCCGUUAAGUCAGAGAUACUGCAGUUUUACCCGCAAUGCUAGAUUUCAGACCUUUAACGAGAAAAGGGAGUGAGUAUUUCACAAACAGCUAACCUAAGAAGAUGAAGCAGGUAAGAGUAACUGCUUUGCUUGAUUUGCAGAUGUGGAAAGAGGCAUUCUCUUGCUGAAAAGCUGUAAGAGACCUGAUAACAUGGAAGGUUCUGGAUGGGUAAGACUUUUUCAAAAUAUAUUGUAAUCUUACAGUGCACAUGGUGAUAUACAAGGUGCAAGGGUUCUGUUAAGGUAUACCAAGCAGGAGGACAUCCGGUUUGGCUCCACGUUGACCAGAAUGAGCCUGUGACCUCACCACACUGACUGCAAUACCGUGAAGGCAAAAUAUGUUUCCAUGGCAGAGUGUUGUUGAAGUUGAUCAUGAUGAACUACUCAGGUAGAAAUAACUUUAUUUGUAGGCACACCAAUACAAUCAACAACUUUAUUUUCUUUGUUAAACUGGUCAAUUUAAUUGCAUGUUUAUUACUGAGAUCAUAGUUAAAGGUGUUAUAAAGGACAAUGUUUUUUCUUUUUUGUCCCUUGACAACUUACAAUGAAGGGGGCUAAGUCCAGUAACAACACCACGAACUAUAACCUCAGUGUUAAAACAUAAGCGAAUUAACCACUUUAUGACGGCGUAAAAAAUGAAGUACAUUAUAAGCUUCAUAUAAGUAGACUUAAUGGCAGAACAGUUGUAUCGGAUUGCAUUAUCCUGAAGUAGUUAGUGAGUUUCCAUAUUAAUGACAAGCCAUCACUGGUGUCCUGCAGUGUGAGUACUGUAUGUAAAUCAGGUCAGUGGCAGUCUGCGUAAAUAAGCAGAACAAUGUCAUUAUAAUGUGCAAGUAACUAGCUUUUAACAGCAAAGUGAGGUCGUAUAAGUAAAAUAUAAAAAUGCACCGUUAUAGGCAAUAUAAAACGGCUACACCAUCUUCAAAAAGCAAAACAUAUGUACACAAUUAGUGUAACAUGAAAGGCAGUCAAAUGAACAUAUGGAAACAUGAGCAAACUGCCAAAGAGCGGGACUGUGGUCACAACUUGAAACUUCCAACAGUGGUAUGACGAUCACGAUAUAUGCAGAGUAUUUAGUUGGCACUGUCUGUUAUUGAAGAUGUGCAAUUUUUACAGUGAGUGAUUUAACAUGGAACGGUUAGACAUGCAUUCCAAUUACGGUGCACAUCUUAAUAAAAGAAUACAGUUGCAUUUUGGAUAAUUUAACUUCUUUAAGAUAGAGAAACAUUUUUUUUAACUGAUGUCCGUAGCAGAUUUGUCACACUCUUAGCAAUGGUUAUAACAUGACCCCCAUGAAAAAACAGACCUGUUUUUUUGUGUUGGGUUACAGCAUUAUUAGGUGGUGCAUCCCUGUGUUGCAUCAUGAUAAAUGAUCCUUGAAUGGUUUCCUCCAACAAAACAUUUUGCGUUUGAAAGUAUUCGUAAAGUUUCCACACACGUCAGGGAUACUCGGUCUGAAAAUGGAGGAACAAUGCCUGCUGAUGUGUUUCUCAAUCAGUUGAAGGAGUGUCACCAACUCGACGACACGUAAUAAAGCCGUGGUGGGCAAAAGCAAACCAGUGUCGAUGAACUGUUUGCCAAACCGUAAGAUAUGUUGAGUGUUUCUAGUGCUCUUAAAUAAAAAUGUUUUCAAUGA